AUGAGUUCCCCCUCAGUGCAGUGUUGUUCUGGCUGAUUCUUUAACUGUAAAGAGCAGACAAAGGGGUAGGAGGAGUUGGAUGUGAGGCGGUGGGAGGAGUUACUACAGCUGCUCAAAGUACAAAAACUGCCUGUGAUACCGGCACAAAGGAGAAGUGGAGACUCUAUCCGAGUGUGAUGAGUGCUGAGCAGGAAGCCCUCGAGACUGUUAGAAGGAGACCGAGAGAAAACCCCUGAGUGACCCACUCAGCCAGCAACAGACAGAGAGAGAGGCAACAGGAAGCAGAGGACAGACAGCUGAAACACACACACAUUGUCCCACAGAGCAGAGGAUCCACUCAAGGCUCCAGUUGGGGAAGAAGAAGCAGCAUGGUGGUUUGUGGUCAGGACCUUGUGAGAGGUGGAAAGCUUUUGGCAACUUUGCUGUUUUGGAGCUGAGAAAGGACAAAAACGCAGCACUCAGAUCUGACAAAGAGAAGGAAUCUUGCCAUGAGGACACCUCUCUAACAGACCUGAGUGUGGAUAUGCCAUCAUUCGCUCUGUGGACUGACAAGAUUGGACAUUUCUGAGUGAAAAGGAAGCACCUUUGAGUGACUGAUUUAUCUGAGUGAGUAAAAAACUUUUAACUUGUGGGGUGCAGCCUUGGUUGGGAGACAGGGCAGGGGGAGGGGAAGACGCUCCAGCCUGGAUCUCUGUCCUCGGGGAGAGGUCUUUUCAACGUGAAGGAGCCCCCAAAAUAACUCCACCAGGACAGGGCAGAGAAUGGCCAUGUGCAGCAGUCCUCUCUAACAUGGACAGCUGUGUUUCAGUGCAUCCUAGGGUUGGACUACUCUGUUCUUCGCUUUCUAUUCACGGUCACUUCAUUGUGGAGGGCAGGCCUUUCAUUAUAUAGCUAUUACAUAACAGACACCCUUCAUCCCUCCGAUCUUUGUCUCUCAUAAUGCACAACGCUACCACCCUGAUGUACAAUUUCACCUCGCAAACGUCUACAGAUAACUCAGAAAAUGGAAUCUGCAGCAAGAAUGAUAUGUUCAAGUACCCGCUGUACAGCACAGUCUUCAGCAUUGUGUUUGUGAUUGGACUCAUCACCAAUGUGGUGGCCAUUUACAUCUUCACCUGCUCCCUGAAGCUGAGGAACGAGACCACGACCUACAUGAUGAACCUGGUGGUGUCAGACCUGCUGUUCGUCUGCACCCUGCCACUGAGGGUUUUCUACUUCAUCAACCGGAGCUGGCCAUUCGGGGCAACGCUCUGCAAGGUCUCCGUCUCGCUCUUCUACACCAACAUGUACGGCAGCAUCCUCUUCCUCACCUGCAUCAGUGUGGACCGCUUCUUGGCCAUUGUGCACCCCUUUCGCUCGAGGAUGCUCCGAACCAAGCGCAAUGCCAAAAUAGUGUGUACUGCUGUGUGGGUGCUGGUGCUGUCAGGGAGUCUCCCCACCGGGUUCUUGCUGCAGACCACCUCCAACGAAAACAAGGGAAACGCCACUUUCUGCUUCGAGAACUUUUCGUCCAAUCAGUGGAAGUCUCACCUGUCAAAAGUGGUGAUCUUCAUAGAGACGGUGGGCUUCAUCAUCCCACUGCUGCUGAAUGUUUGUUGCUCCAUCAUGGUGCUGCAGACUCUGCGUUGUCCCCAAACCAUCAGCCGUGGAGGGAAGAUUAACAAAACAAAGGUCCUGCGCAUGAUUAUUGUGCACCUUCUUAUUUUUUGCUUUUGCUUCAUCCCCUUCAACGUGAACUUGGUGUUCUACGCUCUGGUCCGCACUAAGACUUUAAAGGGCUGCUUUGUGGAGUCGGUGGUUCGAACCAUCUACCCCAUAGCCCUCUGCAUCGCUGUAUCCAACUGUUGCUUUGAUCCUAUUGUUUACUACUUCACAUCGGAGACCAUCCAGAACUCCAUGAAGAGAAAGUCUCAGGCCAACCACACGUAUGACGUCAAGUUCUCGGAGGCCCUGCAGUCGGAAAGCAGCUCCAAUCUGCAGUGCAGCCUGAUGACUCUCAAAGCUAAAGUCUUCCACACCGAGUCUUCAGUGUGACAGUGGGGCUGCUGUGCUCGGCAUAAAAGGUAAAAUCCAUCCAUCCAGAAAAAGACAAUGGAUUUUUUUUUUUUUUUUGGAGCGCUUUAUCUUAUCUAAGUCUCAG